AUGAACUUCACUGUGACAUUUCUGCUGAUUGCCGUAACAUAUUGUUUACUUAACACAGUAAACACAAAAACGUUAAAGCCAACGAGUAAGAUAGUGGGUGGUCACGAGGCGAGGCCGCACAGCCACCCGUACCUGGUGUCGCUGCAGAGCAGGUUCCUCUGGGUGCGAGUCCACGUCUGCGGGGGAGCCAUCCUCAAUGAAAGAUGGAUUUUAUCAGCCGCCCACUGUGCCAUUGAGUCUUUCUUGAUUCGAUGGCUGCCGCUAGAUGUCGUGGCAGGCAUACAUGAUGUCAAUAACUAUGGCGAACGAGCACAAAUCAUCAAGAUCAGCGAACGGAUACCUCAUCCUCUAUAUGAAGGUGGUAUCGGGCCAUAUGACAUAGCCGUGUUCAGCACAGAAACUCGGAUUAAGUUCACAAAGUACAUUCAACCAGUUAAUCUUCCAAAUAACUACAAAUUUCGUGGUGGAUAUACACUCAAACUACCAGGGUGGGGUGCAUUGAAAACUACAUUCUUCUUCCCCGACUUGCCAAGUAGAUUGCAAGAAGUGAAAGUAACUCACAUCCCGUAUAACGAUUGCUAUGCAGCCAUUGAAAAAUUAAAAGAAGACAACGAAGUAAAUCCACUGGAUAGAGAAGCAAAUAUCUGCACGGGACCAACGAGUGGUGGAAUAGCAGCCUGCAGCGGAGACUCAGGUGGACCUCUCAUACAAUAUGUUCCAUAUAGCAUUCUGGAUCCAAACGAUUCUGUAGAGGAUAAUACAGAACGAUACAACGCAAGUUAUUAUGACUGUAACAGUGAACCAACCACAGAAAGAUUAGAAGAAAUAGAAGGAACUACAAUAGACAUAGAAGGAACUACAAUAGGAGAUGAUACAACGGACGAUCCCGGAAGACAGAAUGAAGAUUUAGUUCCAACUGUAAUAGGCGUUGUGUCCUGGGGUGUGGCUCCCUGUGGACAAAAAGGUGCACCCACUAUUUACACUAACGUGUCCACCUACAUAGAUUUUAUUAAUUACAACAUCAAGGAAAUGUAAUGAAAUAAUCUUUGUAU